AUGCGGUGUGGAGAAAUACUGAAUUUCUUGAAUUUUGACUUUCCAUCAUUGAAUUCAUUCCACCUUCUUCCUGAUGUCCUACUCUGUCACAGAGGCUGUUUGUCGAGGGUUGAUGUCGAACAGCAGGAUACGACGAGAUGCAGAUGUUCCAGGUGUGGCUGCAGCUGUCAGAGAGACCAGGUUGAACACAGGUAUCGUCUCUCACUGACGGUGGCCCGGGACAGGUGGAUAUUUGGAGUCACAGUAUUCGGAGCCUGCUUCAACCCACAGAGGUUAGUGGAGGACCUGGAUGGACCAGUCGGAGCAACAACCAGAUCCACACUGUUGCUGAAGUCUGUUGAGGACUGUUUCAUCGGCCGACGUUUCAUCUUCAGUUUAAAGCUGCCCGAAACAGAAAGUGGGCCUUGUCUAAGAGAACCUGUUGGGAACGGCUCCAGCAGCAAAGACUCGCCUCACUUUAUCGCCAGUCAGAUGAUUCUCCCUAGGGUGCACAGUGAUCCUUCUUCAGAAAGCUGCAUCAACUGAUCCCAGUAAAACCUCCGGACCCCCAGCAACAACCGCUGCUGCUUCAGUCUCAGGCCAGAAGCUUUUUUCUUUUUUCCCAGUCACUGCUGAGGAAAUGGUUCACCUUUGUGACAUUACUUUAGAGUUGUGUUUGACUUUAUCCUACAUCACAAGACAGUGAGAACAGCCGACAGACAGAGAGCUUUACAUCGUGCACAGGCCUGGAGGAUCAUAAAGUCAGAGAAGUCUUGCUCCAGGAUUAAAAUCAACAGACAGCACUCACAGCCCUGAGCUGGAGCGAGGCUGCCGUCAUGUUGUCCUCUCAGCCCAGCUCUUUUCUCCCUAUGUAUCGAACCCUUAGCACUGUCAAUUAGGGAUGACCCCGUAAUAAAAGGAGUAAUGGUCAGAGGCUUGUAGCAAAAGAUUUGUCUAUAUGCGGAUGAUGUGUUACUGCUUCUAACAGUGUCAGAGGUUAGCAUCCAUAGGUUGAUAUCUACAUUAAACACUUUGGAACCUAUUCUGGAUAUAAAUCAAAUGUGCAAAAAACCCAAAUGUUAUGCUACAGCUACACCCCUCAAAAAUACAUGCUAAAUAAAAUCAAAUCAGGUCUUAUUUUAAUGACGAGAUGAAACCAACAGAGGAAUGUGAGAACAACUUAAUUGACAUAUUUAUUGACACGUACAAAAAAAAGGACAGUAAGAAACUUGUUUCAAAACUGUAACUACUCCCGUAUUCAAUUUAAUAAGAAACAGUCAACAGUUAAGGUUAGAUUAAAAUGGAAAUGGAACUGUCAUCACAGAUCACUGGUUGAAUAUGUGCUCUGUCCUGUCAACUUCCACUAGUUCUGGUCUUUGGAGAGAUUUCUGCUGGCAGAAUCUGGUUAGGUAAUUCAUUACUCCUAAGUUACAGUGUGUGCAGACAGGAGAGACGGUCAGACGUCUCUGUUGGAGGAACUGUGGAGAACAGCUAGCUUCCCAGCUAUUCAGCCAUACUGGCAAGAGAUUAUACAGGUAAGGCAAUAUAUUUUUCUACAAGAGAACCACAAGAGAUGCUUACUGUACUGUCCAUUACUGUAUGAACUGACUUGUAUCUCCAUCAGCAUGUCUGUAUGAAUGUGAAGGUGACCAACAGUUUCUUCUAUGUGUUUUUUUUUCUGUAGGUUGUAAAUGUUCACUCUUUAAAAAUACAUUACAACAAAAAAAAGAGUGUGUGGUUCUGAGUUGCGGCACAAAUUUUUUUUAUUAUUUUAUUUUUUAUUCCCUCUUAAAUAAAGCUCAUGCUUCCAGCCUGUCAUAGUUUACGGAUGAAAGGAAACUGAUAGAAAACAAUUUGUCUUCCACCGCAGCCGAAGCAUGACACACACACACACACACACACA